AUGACGAUUCUGACUCGCUUAUCUCGGCAGGGCGUCAUGCCUGUGCGCUUGCUCCAUGUGUCCAAGAUCAUGGCUUCGGAUGCCCCGUUCCAGCGUGUCGGCCCUGUCCCUUUGCCGAAAGAGGAACAGCAAGAAUUUGAGCGUCUCGUGCGCGAGAAACAAAAUGUCAUGCCAUUCACUACCAACAACGAGGAUGGUAAGCCACAAAACCUGCACCCCGACGCCCGCGUUGGACCAAGCACGGAAUUUGAUGGCGAUGUGAACCCUGACACUGGCGAAGUGGGCGGGCCCAAGACAGAUCCGCUUCGUUGGAAGUCUGAAUGGACGUAUGGUGGCCGUGCUACAGACUUUUAG